AUGUCGACCACUGAACUGAGCAACGGUGAAUCUAGCAAUCAUGAACCCGGCAAAAAUGGACCUGGCAAUGAUGAAUCAGGCCACGAUGAACUGCGCAAUGGUGAGCCCGACAACGAGGGAGAAGACGUCGUUUGCAAAAGAGCCACCCCCGAGCAGAUGACGUUCCAUUUUGAAAACAACAGUCAGAUGCACGCAGCCCCUUUGGCUCGCUCACAAUACAUCCAAAUAAAAUCCAAUCUGUUGACAUACAAAGCCAACGUUGGAACCACACAGCAUUGGGUCUUGUUCAAGCCAGGCGAUCCGAAAACCAUCAUCUCGAGUUGCAGUAUAUACUUCCGGGAUGCAAUUAUUAACACUGGACGAGGCAUGGAGUCGACCAACAUCGCCAUAAUUACCGAUAUUUUUACGCAUUUAGACUUUAGAAGGCGGGGAAUGGCCACCAAGUUGUUGACCAAGGUACAGCAAGUGUUAGACAACAUGGAACAAAAGCACGCGGCACUCAGCAUUAUUUACAGCGGUGCAAACAAUGGACUAUACAACACGCUAGGCUGGAAACCACACCGCGCCUCCCAUCAGCGCAUACGCGUUGGCCUUGAACAGAUUGCAAAACCACAAAGAGACGACACAACCAGAAUCCUCACUCCCAAAGAUAUUUAUACCCUGUCUAGAGAAUCAGUGAACAUGGCGAAGCUUCGACUCUCAUCUCUUCGACACUAUAAGGCUAUGCUUGCACAAGUCUUACCCACAGACCUUGUCGUAGGAAGGCACCUGUGCAGGUCACGAGCCCUGGAAUGUCUGUUAAACUCGCCCAAAGCCAGGUGGGUUCCCGACUUCUGCGGGCGCAAGCUUUAUAUUGGAGAAAUUGCCAUAACUCGAUAUAAUGGAUUGGAAGAGGCUAUUGCAAAGAUCCUUCACGAAGCCUUAUACCAGGCCUGCGCCUAUGGGCUAAAGGAAGUUGUUAUGUGGGAUCCUUCGUCUGAGGUAAUUCAAGCAGGUGGUAUUGUUGCAAGGAAGUUACGAGGUGGCGUUCUGCCCGUUUACGAAGACCGCUUUGAAAACAUACCCUGCGUUCGACAACAUAAGGGUAAAGCAGCAGAGGUGGAGCUAAUGACACAUGAAUUCCAUACUUGGUGUUAA